UUAACACGAUCAGAGUGGAUACAGGAUUACAAUAAUGAUGCACUCUCUUCAGUGAUACUGACGUUAAUUUUAGAUCGUGAAGUGACCAACCACUUAAUGGGAUGGAAUAUUCGUAUUUAUGGUAGAGGCAAGCCAAGUUCUUUUUGGUAUUAGAAUAAACGCUAUAAAGACGUUAAUUGUUUUGACAGCAAUGUAAGCAUCAUACCAAAUGCAAUAUACAGUGACUGAAUGACAUCACCGUGUGUCCUGAAUUAUACUGGGAGUGUCUAAUGCCGUACCCUUGUCGAUUGGAUACUUUUUGAAGACUUUAAUAUUCACGCGGGGCAAAAGGAUUAGCCUACGGAUAUACUUCGAGAUUUGGACACUUUUCGACCAUGUUUUGGAUGGCUUUAAAUGAUAACUAUGCCAAGGUUUAUACACUCGCAAUAGUUUCAUCUUAAGUAGGUCUAUGGAUAACAAGGCUCACGCCCAUGCAAGUACAGGAGUCCACUACAAACCACCUAAGACGAGUCAUUGUCGUUUUAUGGUACGUCAAUAAUAAUCCGAAGUAACUAAAUCAUGGAUUUGUCAACGGAUUCGAAGAAUGUAUCGGUAAAUUCGAGUACCGAUCAUCAUUCACAUGACAUGGAACACAGUCUAUCAACCGUCAUCAUCGCCGCCAUCAGUCUCUCCAUCAUCAUCGUCGUGUCUGUAUGUGCAAAUGCCCUUGCCACCUCCACGAUACUCCGUGUUCGUCUUCUCCGUGAGAAUCUCCACAACCAUCUCAUUGUCAAUCUCAACGUCAUUAGUAUGCUCAUCACAGUCUUUAGUAUGCCGCUGGCGUUGGUGUCCAUCUUCGACGACGGUAAAUUGUUGGAAAACAACACAGGUCUCUGUCUGUUCAACGGGUUUUGUUCAAUCGCUUUUCCUGUAGCCAGCUCGUUCACCGUUCUAUGGAUAGCUGUAGACAGAUACCUAACAGUGGUUUGGUCGAAACGUUUCCCUCCUUCAAACCCCCGAACCAUCUUUAUGAUAGUCUCAACGUGGGUCAUCUCCUGCAUAGUCGCCAUCUUGCCACUCCUCAAUGUACUAUCAGAAUACUUUUACAUGCAUGACACCCACCACUGUUCACCAGUCUGGGAAAAGUGUGAAUUCUACUUCGUAAUCUUCUUCGCUGUGUACGGUCUCAGCAUUCCUAUCAUGGUAGUAUCCUAUGUCUUUGUGGUAUAUCACCUCUGCAAGAAGGAGCGUAAGAUGCAGUCUCAUCAGUCAUUUAGGUCUAGGUCGAGAUCACGAUUCUCUCGGUCCGAACGAUCUGUGAAAAAGACGAAGCGAAUCAAAGCAGAAAGAAGCGCCAAAGAACAGAGUUCCUCUCUGGUUACUGAUUCAAGCCACAAGAACUCGGAACCGACCAAAGGGAAAACACAUCACGAUUCUGGGUACGCGUCCCCUCCGAAGAACUCUCUGGUUGGGACGGAUAGUCCUCCGGGAAGUGCGAAAAUUCUUCCUGGAGAAGCUGUUACUCUCGAGUAUGGAAGCAUGAAUAAGAACAACUCUGCAAGUACCGACGAUGGUCCAGAUGAAAAAAGAUUGUCGGUCUGUGUUCGCCAUGGAUCCGUACGAGAUAUGAUAAAGCGACUGGAGAAAAACAACAACAAGACCAGAUCAAAAUAUGAUUCAUUACCAAAGGCAAGACGAAAAUUGGGUGUGACACCUAACGAUCUACGAAAGGCCGCUUCGGCAAAUGACAUCGUGGAAUAUCGUGAUCCCAGUUUUGAUAAUUGCAGCUCUGGAUCUGAGGACAACAAUGCCAAUAUAAAAUAUUUCGGAGAAGAGUGCUGUCACGCGGAUCUUUUAAAUCAAAGCGAGGUCCAUUGUGAUGACGACAGUACACCUGAAGUGGUAGAAUUUCUUGUUUAUGAAGAUCCUGAACCAGAUCACAGUCCAGAAAGAACAAUGCUCUCGGAGCAAGUUAGAGAAUCUAAUUAUCCUAUCAUACCUAACAUAAUUAUAGACCACGUCUCAAAAGAAGAACCACUACCAGAUUCAGAUGAUGAGAACAGUUCUGAAACACCAAACUCAUCAACAUAUGGUUCCCAAAACGAGGAAAGUGGGGCAACAUUACUGUCAGACACCGUUGAAUCAGGUCUUUUAGCCUUACCAAACAACUCUUGCAUGAAUGAUGAGGACGGUGAACUAUCGUCAUGUAAUGACAAAUAUGGUGACGAUGUCAGAGCGCGAAGCGUACCCGGGUUGCAGUUUUCUGUGGUUAUCCAGCGUCUUGCGACUUCGGACGAGAGUCCAUCAAAUGGCGAAGUUCGACCAAAGAGAGAGGGAUCCAUCGGAAGCUUGUCUUCUAUGAGAAGUGUAACAGGUACCAUGAAACUCAAGAGAGGCAGCACACGACGACCGAGUAUGAGGCCCACCUUAACAGCCGAUAAACAAGUCGCUCUCAUGGGAGGAUUGCUGGUACUUACCGCUGUAAUUUGCUGGACCCCAUACUUUGUUAUCCACUCGUGUUUCUUCCCCAUGGACAUCGCGCCUCAUUGGACCAGCAUAUUGACCACAUGGUUAGCCUACUUGAAUGCAAUGUUUAAUCCUCUGAUUUACUCAUUUACCAAUCGUCGUAUCCGGGCUAUGGUGGCAACGUUUUGCGGAAAGCGCUGCAGAAGGAUGAGAGCGUUGCUGUGCAAGAAAAGCCAGGAAACAACCACGAUCGUACCACAUUAGGGCGAUUCCAUGGGUGUCGUACGGGACAUUUUGUCAACAAUUUCUAGUCU